AUGUCGCAACCACUUUCAACGCAGGCAUUGGUCGUCCGAUCAGAAUCAAAGUCGUUGAGUCUGGAAGAUAUUGUAAUCGUGGACCUGCAGCCAGAUGAGAUUCUGGUGCAGAUUGUUACAUCUGGUAUUUGCCACACCGACCUACUCGCGAUUGAUGGGAUACUGCCGAUGCCCGGCCCAGGCGUUUUAGGACAUGAAGGUAGCACCGGAAGAAUCAAAAGAGUCGGCGAGGGAGUCCACCAUCUCAAUCCGGGCGAUAACAUCAUGCUAUCAUAUAGCUCCUGUGGCUCGUGUAACCAUUGCCGGUCCCAGCAUACCUCCUAUUGCGAGAGCCUGCAGGCUCGGAACUCCUCUGGGGCCCGUCCCGACGGUUCUUGUGCCCUGAUGAGCACCUCUGGUGAGAGGCUGUUUGGCAACUGGUUCGGGCAAUCAUCCUUCAGCAAGUAUGCGGUCGUUGACACCUCGUGCGCGGUUCGUCUGGCGCCUGAGGUCGACCUCGCGACGCUGCCCCCGAUGGGCUGCGGGCUCAUGACCGGUGCAGGAGCCGUGUUCAACACACUCGAUGUGCAAUCCGGGGCAGGGGUUGCCAUUUUCGGGGUCGGCGCUGUUGGCCUGUCGGCGGUCAUGGCCGCAAAACACCGGGGCGCGCAUCCGAUCAUCGCGGUGGACCGGAUCCAGGAGCGACUGGACCUCGCACUCGAGCUGGGUGCAACGCACGUCAUCAACAGUACCCAGGUUGAGAAUGUCGCCGGUAAGAUCCGGCAAGACACCGAUUCCGUUGGGGUUCGAUAUGCUCUCGACUGCACGGGCGCGGCUACCGUCAUUCGCAUCAUGAUGGAUUCCUUAGCACUGCGCGGGAAAGGCGCCUCCGUCGGCAUGCCCUCGUCGGCGCCGACGGUCGAACUCGACAUUUUGUCGCAUCUAUGUGGUGGCAAGCAGUACAUCGGCUCGAUGCUUGGGGACAGUAGUAGUCAAGUGCUUAUUCCAUACCUGCUUGAACUGAACAAGAAGGGAGAGUUUCCGGUUGAGCGACUGGUCACCUAUUACCAGGUCAAAGAUUAUGAAAUAGCUUUUACGGAUGUAAGGAAUGGGAGGGCUGUCAAAGCUGUGUUGCGCUGGGGGGCGUUGUAG